CCAAGAUUAAAUACGCCGCUCCCGUCGUCGAAAGGAUUACUUUUUCUUCCCUUCAGUUUCAUACUCAUCUCUCAUCUCUCUUCUAUAUAACAGCCUUGAUUCCCCCACCUCAACUCUACUUCUCCAAGAUACCCAUCCGCUCCCACAUCCACAUCCACACACACAAGACACAAUGACUUUGACUGUUGAGCUCACCACCCCCGCCACUGGUCCCUACCAGCAGCCCAUUGGCCUCUUCAUCGGAGGCAAGUGGGUUGAGGGUGUUGACAAGCAGAAGUUCGAGGUCAUCAACCCCUCCACCGAAGAGGCCAUCACCUCCGUCUGCGAGGGUACCGAGAAGGAUAUCGACCUUGCUGUCGCCGCUGCCCGAAAGGCCUUCGAGGGCGAAUGGAAGAAGACUACUCCCCAGGAGCGAGGUGCCUACAUGCUGAAGCUUGCCGACCUCGCCGAGAAGAACAAGGAGCUCCUCGCCGCUGUUGAGUCUCUCGACAACGGAAAGUCCAUCAACAACGCCCGCGGUGAUGUCGGUGCCGUCAUUGGCUGCCUGCGAUACUACGCCGGUUGGGCCGACAAGAUCGAGGGCAAGACCAUCGACAUUGCCCCCAACAUGUUCCACUACACUCGCCCCGAGCCCCUUGGUGUUUGCGGUCAGAUUAUCCCCUGGAACUUCCCGCUUCUGAUGCUGGCAUGGAAGAUUGGACCUGCUCUGGCCACUGGUAACUGUGUCGUUAUGAAGACUGCUGAGCAGACUCCUCUGUCUGCUCUUGUUUUCACUCAGUUUAUUGAGCAGGCUGGCUUCCCCGCUGGUGUUUUCAACCUGGUCUCUGGAUUCGGCAAGACUGCCGGCGCCGCCCUCUCCUCCCACAUGGACGUUGACAAGAUCGCCUUUACUGGCUCCACUGUCAUUGGCCGAACCAUCAUGAAGGCCGCUGCCGCCUCCAACCUCAAGAAGGUUACCCUCGAGCUUGGUGGCAAGUCCCCCAACAUCGUUUUCGAUGACGCCGACAUCGAGGAUGCCAUCAACUGGGUCAACUUCGGUAUUUACUACAACCACGGCCAGUGCUGCUGCGCUGGUACCCGUAUCUUCGUCCAGGAGGGCAUCUACGACAAGUUCCUGGCCGCCUUCAAGAAGCGCGCUGCUGAGAACAAGGUCGGCGACCCUUUCAACGAGGAGACCUUCCAGGGCCCCCAGGUCAGCCAACUUCAGUAUGAUCGUAUCAUGAGCUACAUUAAGUCCGGAAAGGAGGAGGGUGCCACCGUUGAGACCGGUGGUGAGCGUCUUGGCGACAAAGGUUACUUCAUUAAGCCCACCAUCUUCAGCAACGUCCGUCCCGACAUGAAGAUCAUGCAGGAGGAGAUUUUCGGUCCCGUCUGCGCCAUCUCCAAGUUCAAGGAUGAGGAGGAGGUCGUCGAGCUCGCCCACGACACCAACUACGGUCUUGCCGCCGCCGUCCACACCCAGAACGUCAACAGAGCCCUCCGGGUAGCUAACUCUCUCAAGGCUGGAACUGUCUGGAUUAACUGCUACAACAUGCUCCAUCACGCUUUGCCUUUUGGUGGUUACAAGGAGAGCGGAAUCGGUCGAGAAUUGGGUGAGGCCGCGCUGGCAAAUUACACACAGUCAAAGAGCGUCGGUCUGAUGUUAAAUGGAGCCACCUAUUAAGGCGAGACAGUAUGUUUGGGCUGGCUGGAACGUGGACGUUUGGGUUGGCGCAAGUGUUGGUAUGUUUAUAGGAAUACAUCUUGUUAAAGUUUCAAGCCGUGACUACGACUUAUAUAUACCACUGGGAAUGGAUAAAGAAUCCAGGAAGCAGGUAGGGAAGAAUCAUUCAUUUGAUGUGAGUGUUGAAGAUGCAGUAGCAAGGUGAAAUUUUGGAUCUCGCUGAGACCGACCGAAUCAAAUUCAAUUAAAUAAUUAAAUGGAUACACGUAUUAAGG